AUGGAGCCGAUACAGCUUGGAAUCCAUGUGGUGCAAUUCGUGAUCGCGUUGAUCAUCCUAGGGUGCUCGAUCUAUGGCGUCACUAUAGCAUCCACCACGACAGGCUUCGGGCUUGCUAUCUUCACGGCGAUUGCAACGAUCCUAGUUGCCAUCUACAUUCUUACCGCAUCUUUCAUUGCCAAGAGCAUUUAUAAACUCUGGCUUCUCGUCGGAGCGAACUGUGUCACGGCGAUCUUUUGGAUUGCGACCAUCGGUACAUUGGCAUCACAACAAUCUUGGAAUCACCAAUGUCAAUACAAUCACGGACAUUGCUAUAGGAAGCGUGAUGGAAGCAAUAGCCAUGGUGUGCAGGCCGCAACGAUUGCGCUUAGCGUUAUUGACGGUCUCCUGUCGAUCUUCUCUAUUGGGUACAGCCUAUGGGCCAAAAAGAAUCACCGAACGAAGACUCCUGCAACUGAAUGA